ACAAUUUGAAUUUCUCUAACAAGGGCCUGGGCACUGCAGGAGGAGCAGACCCUCGGACUGAUGUCCCCGUGGAGUGCGGAGCCGUGGGGGUAUCCUCCAUCAACACGCUACCCCCGGGGCUCACAGAGGAAGAGGCUGAGGAGAUCCGCUCUGAGCUCGUCAAGGUGGAGGAGGAGAUCAGCACCCUGAGACAGGUGCUCUUGGCCAAAGAGAAGCAUUCUGCUGAGCUAAAGAGGAAGCUGGGGCUGAGCCCCCUCAACGAGCUCAAACAGAACCUCACCAAGGGAUGGCAGGAUGUCCAGACCUCUAAUGCGUACAAGAAGACACAGGAGACCCUGUCUGUGGCGGGACAGAAGACCACAGCUGCCUUCUCCACCAUGGGAACUGCCCUCAGCAGGAAACUGGGAGACAUGAGAGCGCUGCCGUUCUCUAACUCCUUUAGUAGCAACUACUCCAUCCGCCAUUCGAUAAGUAUGCCAGCGAUGAG